GGGGGCACCGGCACCGGCACCGGCACCGGGAGCGGGAGCGGGAGCGGGAGCGGAGCGGGGCGGGGGCCGCAGCCAUGGGCACGGUGCCGCAGCGCCUGCAGCGCUUCCUCGAUCGCCCCGGGCCGCUCGGUGACCUGCUGGGUCGUCUGGAAGCCCGCACCGGCGUCCGGCGCCUCUACCUGGCCACAGGUUCCGUGGCAUUCCUGGGGCUAUACCUCGUGUUCGGCUACGGCGCCUCGCUGCUCUGCAACCUCAUCGGCUUCGCUUACCCCGCUUACGUCUCCAUCAAAGCCAUCGAGAGCUCCAGCAAGGAGGAUGACACCACGUGGCUGACGUACUGGGUGGUGUAUGGCGUCUUCAGCAUAGCCGAGUUCUUCUCCGACAUCUUCCUCUACUGGUUCCCCUUCUACUACGCUGGGAAGUGCCUGUUCCUGCUGUGGUGCAUGGCCCCCGUGUCCUGGAACGGGUCGCAGGUGCUCUACCAGAAGGUCAUCCGACCCUGCUUCCUCCGGCACCACGAGACCGUGGACAGUGUGCUGGGCAACCUCAGCACCAAAGCCCUGGACGCAGCUUCCAGCAUCACCCGAGAAGUCCUGCAGACCCUGAUCAGCAGCAGAGCCCGGCUGGCGGCCGAGGUGGCACCGCAGCUCAGCUUGUCCCCUCCGGCGCAGCCCUGAACCUGCCGCAGCGAGGGAUGAAGAGCAAGUGAGAGGGACCCCGGGGCGCUCCCGGUACCACCACUGCGAACCCGGGGCUGGGCCCCAGGACCCCCCAAACCCGGGCCCCGACCCGGGCCCCACCGCUGCUGCUGCCCCCCCCAAUAAACCCCCGGGGGUCCCCGGUGCUUCGCGAACCGCCUCUCCCCUGUGCUCUCUGCGGGCGGCGGCGCCGUCACACCGCGCGGCUCCUUUAAGAGCGGGGGCGGGCGGCGCCUUUACGGGGGGGCGGGGCCCCCAAGGAAGGGGCGGGAGGAGUGACGUAACUCCGGGGGCGUGCCGGAAGUGGCGGGGCGGGGCGUUGGCGUGGCGGGGGGGGCGCCUGAGGCCGCCCCGUGAUGAGCUCCAAGGCCAAGCGGGUGCUGCCCACCCGCCCCGACCCCCCCAGCGCCCAGCAGAUCCUGGCCGACGUUCGAGGCUCCCCCCCGGGCGACCCCGUCUGCCAGCCCCCCCCCGCUCCCCGCCGGGACCGCGGCCCCGGCUCCCCCGGCACGGAGCAGCGGGAGCGGCUGUACCGGCAGAGCCGAUCCUACGUGGAGAUGAACCAGCGGCUGCAGGAAUCCCGGGAGCGGCUGCGGGAGCGGCGCGAGGAGCUGCGGCGGGCGGGAGCGACGCUGGAGCGCGGCAUCGCGGAAAUGAGGGAGAAAGCUUGCUGAGCCCGUGCUCGGCACCCCCGGUGCUCUCCGCCGGCACCCCAGGACUGCGGCGGGUGCCUCGGGACGCCCGUUCCCCCCCCCCCACCCCGCAUCGAGGGGUAGAAGAACCGAUCGCGUUUGAUUUACGGGAGGAUCUCGCCGGGGCUGCGCCGGCUUCGGCAGCCGGAGCUUUCCCCGGGGAGCGGUGGGAGGAAAGACUCAGCCCCCUGCCUUUCAUCCAUGAGCUUGAUGCCCUCGUCCCCGGCCGGCGGGACGUCUGCGGCCCCGCGCCGCCGCUUCACCUAUGACUUUUCCAUCUGGUAUUGCCCCGAGGACGACCACAUCGCCUCCCGCAUCUCGGAAUGCUUGAAGAAAGAGGGUUUUCGGGGCUACGCAGAGCACCAGGACCAGGUGGCCGGGACAUCCGUCGUCCUGACCGCCAUCGAGGUCAUCGAGGCCAGCCGGGUGGCCAUCCUCCUCCUCUCCGCCAAAUCCCUGGGUGACCCGUGGUGCCAGCGUGUUUCCCAGUGGAACCUCUAUCACAUCAUCCACUGCCACGGGACCAAGAUGAUCCCCGUGUACGUGGGGGUGAAGAAGGCCGAGGUGCCUCCCUUCCUGCAGCACCUCAUCGAGCUCGAGUACCAGACCGAGUUCUUCUUCGACCGGCUCGUGGACAGCCUGAGAUCAUCCCGCAAAGCCCGGCCUGCGCCGUCCUCCAAAGCAAAGAGCUGAGGGGCUGGGGAUGGUUUUUUAGCCUGUUUGGUGGCCGAUGGCCCUGCAGCCAAGGCGGUGGGAGCGGAGUUGUCCUCUGCUGCUGAUAAAGGUGGUGGGAACGGGUCACGCCAGCACUGCGGGAUGUCACAGAUCUUAAUAAAACCCCUUCUCGGAGAACUGAA